UUAGUAUACUUAGUCACAUUUUGGAUAAAAUUCUCAAAGGCAGUAUUUGCCCUUUUUUUCUUUCCGCCUUCUUCUUGGGUUAAAUUUAAAAAAACCAUGCCACCGCCCCAACUGAAGCUCAACAAGAUGGGCUGGCGCAUAUCCACGCGCUCGGAUCGGUCCACCAACACGGACCUCAUGGAGGGCCCAACUCCGCGGCAUUCCCUGCUAUCCGGCAGAUACAAACAGAGCUUUGCCUAUCUGACUCUGAGGACUCGCAUGCCGGGAAUCAUGCAGCAGGUGAUCAUGAGGGUAACGGGCGACAUUCCGGAUCUGGUGAUCAAAUACGGCGAAGACGUGCGCAAGGACGUCAAGCAGAUAGUGGAUGCCAUAGAACGGCUGAAGAUGGAGCUGAACCGGGAUCGACAGUUCCUGUUGUUCCACGGAUCUGAGCCGGACAAAGCCGAGUGGAAUGCCUUCCUGACGGAGAUGCCGCGGCCCAAGAGAUCCUUCUUUCGCGCCUGCUGGCUGCACGCCGAGUGCUACCUGUACCGGCGGAUCUUCUCCUUCUUCGAGAACAGCCGCUUCCUGCACACCUACGACUGCUUCGAUCACCUGAAGCAGGAGGAUCUGAUGAUGAGCGAUGCGGCCAUGAGAGCCCUGGCCAGAGCCACUCGAUCGUUGCCCAGGAGCUACGAUGUGUUCAGCAAACUCUUGACGAUCAAUCUCUGGGGCAAUCACUUUGAAAUGCAACUGGGUGCCUUCGAGUUCGACGAGGAGGACGACCAGAACGAUAUCAAUGUCCUGGUCAAGGUGGUCGACAUCGAUAAGAUCAUCCUGGUGAACGACUCGCCGCUCAUCUGGAACUGCCUGGUGAAGAACAACAAGACGAGCGAGGACCGCAUAGUGGACUUCGUCUGCGACAAUGGUGGCUUCGAGUUCUUCACCGACAUGAUUCUGUUGGAAUACAUGGUGGAGAACAAGCUGGCCACCCAGGUGAGGGUCCACGUCAAGGCCAUUCCCUGGUACAUAUCCGAUGUUACGCGAGCGGAUGUCGACUGGACCAUGGAGUAUCUGAUCGGGAACAGGGAUGAGCUGCUUUCCUCGGUGGGGAAGAAGUGGGCCAGGCUCAUGAGCUCCGAGAAGAUCGUCAUCGCUCCUACCUCCUAUUUCUGGACAGGCCCACAGCCCUAUUUCGUGAUGGUGGAAUCGGAUUUGGAGCUCUAUCGCACGCUAACCACCUCCAGGCUGGCCAUCUUCAAGGGCGAUCUCAACUAUAGAAAGCUGAUGGGCGACUAUAUCUGGGACUCGGCGGAGGAGUUCAUCACCUGCCUGAGGGGCUUUAGACCCACCAACAUAUGUGCCCUGCGCAGCGUGAAAUGCGAGGUGGUUUGUGGUCUCCCUGAGGGUCUGGCGGAUGCCCUCCUGAGGGCCGACCACAACUGGAUGAUAUCGGGGGAUUACGGCGUUAUCCAGUACACAGACUCCCUGAAGUGCUCCUGUGCCCUGCCAGGUCAGGAGGAUCAUCUGCGAGAUGAUCCGGGAACGGCUCUGGUGGCGCCCCAAUCGCAGAGGUCGACGCUGCUGAUGACUCCCAGCGGAUAAAUGGGUGCGAAUUUGUCAGAGGGAAAUCGAAUGGCCUCGUUACACCCACUCGGAGCUGGAACCGCUGCCAGUGCUGCCGAAAAACGCCCCAGGAUCCUGGCUUGGGCCCGGCUUUCUGGCCAAUUGCCGCUUGACUAAUGCUGUUGGUUUUAUGGAUGGGGCGCACAUGCGCACCCAUUUGUCCCGACGACCGCCAAUUUGGAAAUGGAAAGUUGCCACAAGUUGCCAGAGGCUAGAAUUCAAGGCAGCAAAAAAUAUGAAAAUUAAAGAUGUGCUGAUUAAAUUGAUUGUUUUUCAAGAUCAAAUUUGUCACAGAACUACUGGCGGUAAAAGUGGGUCUUUUUAUGGAAAAGGUUUUGGUAUGAUUUGAAGUAUUUUGUAAAAAGAUUGUUAAACAAUGUGUAAUCAAAUAAAAGUGUUUGCCACUUCA